AUGCAUGAUUCAAAACCUAUUCCAACUCCUAUGUUAUCUUUCGAAAGGCUAUCUCAAUCUGGUGCUGAAUCAUUUGAUGACCCUACAUAUUACAAGUCUAUUGCAGGUGUCCCGCAAUAUUACACUCUCACUAAACCUGGUAUUUGUUUUGCUGUCAACAAAGUCAGCCAAUUCAUGCACAAACCCUUGAUCUCUCAUUGGAAAGCUGUUAAGCGUAUCGUUAGAUACCUUUCUGGUACAACAGAUCAGGGUCUUGUUUUUCAUUCCUCUUCUCAUUUUCCAAUUUUUGCUUUUGCUGAUGCAGACUGGGACUCUGAUGUAGAUGACCGGCGCUCAACCUCUGGGUACUGUGUUUAUUUUGGUGGAAACUUGGUGGCCUGGUCUAGCAGGAAGCAACACUCCGUCAGUCAUUCUAGUAUAGAAGCCGAAUUUCACAGUGUUGCUGACAGUUCUACGAAAAUUAUUUGGCUUGAAAAUCUCCUGCAUGAGUUACAUAUUCCUAUCUAUGGCACCCCUACGAUUUACUGUGAUAAUGUUAGUGCUGUCCAAAUAUCUGCAAAUCCGAUUAUGCAUAGUCGCACCAAAUAUUUUGAGCUCAAUCUUCAUUUUGUUCAGGACAAAAUGAAUCAACAGAAAUUACAUAUUGUACAUGUCUUAGGACUUUAUCAGAUUGCUGAUAUCUGUACCAAACCCUUAUCUCUAAAUGCUUUUGAAAAAUUCAAGAGCAAACUCUAG